UAUAUACAUAUGCAUACAACUCAAGCUCCUUCUAUUUCCAACUCAAGCCCCUUGCGACUUUGAGGGUCAUUGAUCAGUUGAUAAUUGAGGAUGAAGAAGUGCAGCGGUGAGUCUUCUUCCAAACUGGACAGGAAGACAGUGGAGAGGAACAGAAGAAUCCACAUGAAAGGUCUCUGCUUCAAGCUUGCUUCCCUUGUUCCUCCCCAACACUCCAAAGCCUCCAACUCCAAGGACACGUUGUCGCAGCAAAAGCAGCUCGAUCUUGCGUCCUCCUACAUAAAGCAACUGAGAGAGAGAAUAGAGAAUUUGAAGGAGAGGAAGGAGAAAGCAAUGAGGUCACAAUUAGGAAUAGAUGCUAAUAGUACUAUCGAUGCCGAUAAUGCUAUGAUGGUGAGAUCAAGAUUGCCAGUUCUUGAAUUAAGAGACUCAGGUUCAAGCAUAGAAGUGAUGCUGAUCAGUGGGUUGAACAAGAACUUCAUGUUAUUUGAAGUGAUUAGUGUUCUUGAGGAAGAAGGAGCAGAAGUUGUCAGCGCUAGCUUUUCCACUGUAGGUGAUAAGAUUUUCCACUCGAUCCAUGCUCAGGUCAAAAUUUCUAGGGUUGGUGUAGAGACUUCAACUGUGUGGCAGAGACUGCAGGAUUUGAUUUACUGAUCAGUAGCUAGCAAUUGGCUCUGGAAAACAGAAGAUGAUGUUCUUGUUGUAAAACAGAAGAUAAUGUUCUUGUUGUAAAAUGUAGAAUUAAUAUAUAUCAUAUAGCUUUAAUAAUGCCA